GGGGGGGGAGCGGGAAACGGAGGGGUGGGGUGGAAUUCAAUGAAUGAUUUUCAACAAGACGACUCACUUUGAAGUUCAACGCGUGAGACGCAAGGGUGCUUUUGAACAAGAAAAAGAACAUUUGUGUGUGUGCGGUCAAGACUAUGUUGAUGAAGGAGUACCGCAUCUGCAUGCCUCUCACCGUGGAGGAGGUCGUCGAGGCGGGGAACGUGCAGCAGGCGGUGGCGUGAGCAGGUGGCUUGGUGGGCGGCGUGGCAGAGGAGGUGGUCAGCACGACGGGGAACACGGAGGGAGCACGCAGGAGAAACGCUAAUACUCUGGCAAGGAUUUAUGGGAUCUGGCAGGCUUUAAUGCAGGUGAUAUUGAAGGCUGAUUGGUGACAGGUGCGCGGCCGAGGAGGUGCUGUUUACUGCGAAGAGGGGGGGGAGGAGAGCGGGCGAGAGAGGCGCAAGGCACCACCCGAGUACCCAAAAGAGGUACCUCAGGGCAAGCUCAUGACAGUACCCCCCCCUCUCAACUGAUGCCUCGUGGCGUCCUGCCCGGCUUCCCCGGGUGAGCCGCGUACAAGUCAGAAAGAAGGGAGUCGUCCAGGAUAAGCUUCCGGGAAAUCCUGGCGCGCUCCUCCGGACCAUACUCCUCCCAGUCUACCAGAUACUGGUAACCCCUGCCCCUGGGCCUCACGUCGAGGCAUGCAAAUAAAAUAACGGAGGUUGGAAACCGUAACAGGCCAUGAAUGGAGACAUACCGGUGGCGGAGCUGGUGAGGGAGUUGUGGGCGUACUCAAUCCAAGAGAGGAAUGAGCUCCAGGAGCUGGGGUUGAGUGCAGCAACGCAGCGAAGAGCUGACUCCAGAGACUGACUCCAGGCUCCGUCUGUCCUGUUUGUCUGAGGGUGGUACCCGGAAGACAAGCUGGCUGCUGCGCCCACCGCUUUACAGAACUCCUUCCAAACAAAGGAGGAGAACUGAGGACCUCUCUCCGAGACGAUUUCGAUGGGGAUACCGUGGAGUUUGAAAACAUGAAGAACAAGGAGGUUAGCAUUUUCAAAUAGUGAAAAUGAUAGUGUUACCUUCAGAGAGGGUAGGCCGGUGACGAAAUCCAAAGCGAUGUGGGACCAAGGGCGGCUUGCGCUAAGUAAGGGGCGCCCCAAGGCUGGGGCCAGGUGUGAAGCCUUCCCUCGGGCACAGACGGAGCAGGCUUGGACGAAUUCCUGGGUGUCUUUGACCAGGCUGGGACACCAGAAAUGUUGUCGGGUGAAAUGGAUGGUGCGGUUAAUACCGGGAUGACAUGUGAGCUUGGAGUUAUGGGCUCACUGAAGGACGUCAGAGCGUGCAGAAGCAGGUGGCCGCUCCAACGAAGCACGAGGAAGGGAAGAUUGUUUCUUGUUCGGCAGGGCUGGAGGGGGGUGAGUAUAUGCGAGACAGCGCGUCAGGUUUGCCGUUGCGGGAUCCAGGUCAGAAAAAGAGGCUAAAAUUAAAUUGGCUCAAGAAAAGGGCCCAGCAAGCUUGUCGGGGCUUAAUGCGUUUGGCGGAACGGAGGUAAGUCCAGAUAACAAACAGUACUUCAGUCCCCUCCAACCAAUGCCCAGAUGAUGGCUAGCAGUUCUCGGUUGGCAACGUCGUAGUUCCAUUCCGCAGGGGAUAGACGACGGAAAAAGAAGGCACAGACGAGCCCCGCUGUGAGGGACUCACUACCGCCCCAGUGUCCACCUCCACCACGAACUGGAGGGAGGGAGCUGGAUGACCUAGGAUGGGACCACUGGUGAAAAGGGUUUUCAGCUGGUCGAAGGCUUGGGAUGCGGCUUGGGUUCAUUGGAACGGAGAGCAGGUGGAGUACCGGAUCGGCCAGCUGUACAUGAUCAGCAAGCAUAGCAAUGAACAGAGUGAACGUGGCGAGGGGGUGGAGGUGGUGCAGAAUGAGCCCUACGAGGACCCUGAGCACGGAUCGGGCCGGUUCACCGAGAAACGGAUCUACCUCAACAACAAGCUGCCAAGUUGGGCCAGAGCAGUGGUGCCCAAGAUCUUCUACGUGACAGAGAAAGCUUGGAACUAUUACCCGUGCACCAUCACCGAGUACACGUGUUCCUUCCUGCCCAAGUUCUCCAUCCACAUCGAGACCAAAUACGAGGACAACAAAGGGAGCAACGAUAACAUAUUUUGCAGCGAGCCCAGAGAUGAGCCGACCGAGGUGUGUUUUGUGGACAUCGCCUACGACGAGGUCCCCGAACGCCACUGCAAGGAUUCCGAGGAUUUGCGCUAUUUCAAGUCCAAGAAGACCGAGCGGGGCCUCCUGCAGGAAGGCUGGAUCGACACGCAGGAUCCCGUCAUGUGCUCCUACAAGCUGGUCAGCGUCAAAUUUGAAGUGUGGGGCCUGCAAACACGUGUGGAGCAAUUUGUACACAAGGUAAUACGAGAUGUUCUCCUGUUGGGACACAAGCAGGCCUUUGCCUGGGUGGAUGAGUGGAUCGACAUGAGCAUGGAGGAGGUCCGCGAGUACGAGCGAGCCACCCAGGAAGCCACCAACCUGAAGAUCGGCACCUUCCCGCCGGCCAUCGCCAUCACCGAGACGCCCCUGCCCUCUAGCGCUCGCAGCGGGCCCAACAGCGCCCCGUCCACCCCUCUGUCCACCGAGGCCCCCGAGUUCCUGACGGUGCCCAAGGACCGCCCCCGCAAAAAGUCGGCCCCGGAGACCCUAACCCUGCCCGACCUGCAGGGCCGGCGGGAUUCCAUUUUCAAACUUCCCAGCUUCUUCUCGUGGAACUCCAGCCCUCAGCCCGAAUGAGAAUGACGCCCCAACACAUCCCGUGAUACCCUCUCAGCCAGCGGAAGGAGAUUUUCAGCGUCACGGUGGUCUGACCUGCCAGCAUGCAGAAAAGCAGCCUGACGGGAUUUCCUGGAGGUUCGGAGACAUGAAAGCCAGAAGCACCAGUGAGCACUCUUGGCCCGAUUAAGUGUAGCAUACAUUCCUUAAAAAAAGGUUUUAUAAAAAAAAAAUAAUAAUAAUAAAAAAGCCCACAGAUACUAACUCAGGUUGUGGAUGCUCACAUAUUGCGAUGGAGUCACAUGAUGCGCAUAUGGUGUCCACUUGUUUUGCUUCAUGAGCUGGCGUCGUGCUGACUCGUCUGUGACAGUAUUACUUGACUACUACUGACUUUGUAAAAAAAAAAAAAAAAAAAAAACAA